AUGUUGUCGUAUGCGUUCGACACUAUGUCGGAUCUUUUUGUUGCUUGGAUUCAUUAUAAGGCGAUGCGUUUUAACGAAGCUUACUGUAUUCUAGCGUUCGCUUUAAUACCUUCACUGCUCAUAAAUAUGCUUACAUUAUUGUGGAUAAUUGACGCUGAGUUGCAUAUCAAAGAAAGAGCUCAUCCUCGCAGAAUAUUGAGAGGAGAGAAUGACACAAAAUCUAAAUUCUUUUCAAUCUCAUUUGUCACAAUGUUGUGUGUUCUGCAGCUAGGACCAAUUAUUUUCUACUUGAAAGCAAUUUAUUACGGAAGGAAACAGCGAGAAGCCUACAGAGAAAACAAAGAAAAUCGUCAGUUUUAUGAAAAAAUGGCUGAAGCUGAAAGGGAUGUCACAUUUUUACGACUCAUGGAAUCUUAUAUGGAAACGGCGCCACAAUUGAUUGUGCAAAGCACAAUUCUUUUCCGAUAUUUGCUCCAAUUUUUGGAUUCUGGAAAACCAUUUAGUCACAUUGAAUUCUGGGCAUUUUUUCAAUUCGCUUCUGUUAUUCUAUCAAUUAUCAGCAUAUCGUGGUCGGUUGUUGCUCAUAAUCGAUGCUUGAGAAUUGUACGGGAGGAUAAGAAGAAUUACGAUCGCAUAUUGCUCAUUUCAAUGUUUCUCUGGCGUUUCUGCACGGUCUUCUCGAGAAUUGCUGUCCUCAGUUUGUACGUAAUUUUCCUGCAAUUGUAUUCCGGCGUUUUAAUUAUGUCACACAUGGCAUUGUCAUUUGCUCAUAUAGUGUAUUUGCAGGGGCUAGAAAUGGAACCAUGCACCGUUUUAGAGAGAUUGCUUCUUGUAGUAAAUGGACUUCUCGUUGUCCUUCAUUUUCAAACAAUCAACAUUCGUUUCUUGUUCUACGUUCACUACGGAUUACUAUGUAUUUUUGCUUUAGGAGUUGUAUUCCUGUGCAUUUCGUACUCGUUCUAUCAUCCGAAUGUUCUGAAAAAGGAUCAAGCAUUAUCUCGGCAUCCUGUUAUAGAAGUCGGCCAACCAAUGCCAGAUUAUACUCCAAUGAUUCGUGAUGAAGUUAACUCAAUUCCUGAAGACCCUGUAAUAACUUUAACCGUAUCCAACGAAGAAGGACAGAUGGAAAACGGGUAA